CGCUUCCGGGUGGCGGGGCGGGGGCGGCCGGGGCGAUGGGGCGGCCGUAGGGUCUCGCCAUGAGGUACAACGAGCGGGAGCUGCUGUUCCUGGCCCGGCAGCCCGCCGAGAAGGCGGCCGAGAUCUUGAUGCGGCUGCCCAAGAAGGGGAGCGUGUUAAAGAAACGCCUCGUGAAGCUCGUUGUCAACUUUCUCUUCUACUUCCGGACAGACGAAGCAGAGCCCAUUGGAGCUCUGCUGCUGGAGCACUGCAGGAUCAUCAAGGAGGAGGAGAACGUCUUCUCAAUCAGUUUCGUUGAGGAGCCGGAGAGGAAAUACUGCUUCGAAUGUGACAGUGAGGAGCAGUGUCAGGAGUGGAUCGAGGCACUCAAGCGAGCCAGCUAUGAGUUCAUGAGGAGGUGCUUGAUUUUCUACCGGAACGAGAUCCAGAAAAUGACAGGGAAGGACCCCCUGGAGCAGUACGGGAUCUCCGAGGAAGCCCGAUUCCAGCUGGGAACACACAAGCAAUAACCCCCUCGCCUGGGCUGAACUGGCUUCUUGCCCCGGAGGGUCACCCCCAAGCUCCCCCAGGAAGAACAGCAGCAGUUCCCCACAGCGGUGACCAAGUGACUUUUUAAUUUAUUAGCCAAAUAAUUUUGUAUGAUUUUUUUUUUUUUUUUAAAAAGGGAAUUCAUUGCACAUUCCCGCUUGCCCCAGCUGUGGGGUCAGCCAGGCUUAACUGCUCCCUGCAGCCUGUGCCCUUGAGCCGACACCGCCCUCCUGCAGCGGUGGGAGUAAAACCCAGAGCCGGGGAGGCAGGGACUGAGCAGCUCCCAGCACCUGCUGUCCUGUCCUCCAGCUCCGGCGCAGGCCCUGAGCCAGCCCCGGCCCUCCCCUUCCUCCCUGGCCCUCUCCUGCAGGGAGCUGCUGGGCUUUUCUGGCUCAGGAUCUUCCCGCAGGCAGGGCAGCCCUGGCGGGUUGUUCAUCCCCUUGCUGUAAGAGGAUGCUCCAGCUGAUUGCGUUUCUGUGCUUGCAGGGUUAACCCUGUCGUGCCCUCUUUUCAUUCCAAAGCCAUUUCGGUUGCCGAGACCCGCAGGCAGAGCCUGAUGGCCAAGCCUUUGAGCAAGGAGGAGCGGGAAGCCUUCCUUUAACACGGGGAGAGCUCAGCCACAGCUCGGGCUGGCAGGGAGGGGGCACCCACUCCCCCCUGUCAAGGCAGCAGUGUCUGUGCAGCCACCAGCACCUGCCUCUUGGGGUUAUUUUCUUCUUUUCCCUUCUCUGGGCAGGCGGUGCUAAUUCCUAGAGGCUUGAUGAAGCUCGCGCUCCAAACCAUUAGAGCACUCUCACAGAUGCAUUCGAGAACAAAGCUGCGAAGCGCAAGGGAGCCGAGCCAGGGCUGAGCGCUCUGUGGUGUGAUCCUGCUUCCCUCUGCAGCGCUGGGGGCUGGGCUAAGCCCUGCACUUGGCUUCCCGGAGAGGAAAGCCAGAUGGAGGGGGUUGCAAAGACAGGAACUGCUCCGCUUUGGCUGGGUGGUUGAGCUUCAGGGCAUGCCGAAGUUAAGCCCAGGGAGCGCGCGAAGGCUGGGCAUUAACGCUUCAUUCCCUGAGCCGCCGCUGCAGGUUUUCUCCCCUUUGUGAGCGUCCAAAGGGAAAGACCAGAAAACUGCGCCAAGGUCACGGCGAGCUGCCAGGAACAAGGGCUGCCUUCCCUGGGGCUCCUGUAACCGAGAGAUAAGCGUUAAGGAACAAAGUCUCUCCUGGAGGCUCUGCACCGUCAGCCAUCGCUCCGGCUGCAGGAAGGAAAGCUGCGCCCAGCGCUGAGGGACAGAAGGACACUCCCCACAGGGACAGAGAGACAUUCCCUGCGGCGGCAGGGGUGCAGCUGGCUGCAGCAGCAGCCCUGGGACUAGACUGGGAAAAGCUCCAGGAAAGGCCCCUUGGGAAGGUCCCAGGUAACGUCGUCAGGCAGUUGAUGACGGAAGGAACUCGAGUCGCUGCUGGGGCAGGCGACCGCAGCAGAAGGGCAGUGCCCGAGCGCUGGGCAUGGCAGCUCUGGGCUUGAAGGGCAGUUUUGGGUCUCUUCCCCUUCGGCCGGGAAUCGACACCAAACCAAGAGCCCAUAUUGCGAGCUUUAAGUGGCCUGGCCUUUCCUCUUUACCUCAUGCUGCUGGGUACCAGGAGAGUGGCAGAUGUCACUGAUGCUUUAUUUUUAACCUCAAAGCCAAGAUUUUUCCCUUUCCCUCCGAUGGUUCCAGGUGCUUGCUCCAGAAUUACCAAAAUAAGCAGAGGGGCAGCUGUCCUGCAUAAUAAGCUGAGGCAUGACAGGGUGGCAGGAGAAAAUAGGGCAGUUUUGAAGACAGAUGGCAACUCUGGGGGAAGCAGCAAUGAGGGAUUAAAAGCAGGAAGGUUCAAGAGCCUGUGCUUUAGGGAAUUAGUGUCCUCAGAUGACUUCAAAGUGCAUUUUAAUCCUCACAAGCCUGCUCUGCUUUACCUCAGCACAGGGGCACGUUCCUGCCGUGCUGGUGGGGGGUCACGCAGCAGCUUUACUUACUGUGAAAGAGGGAUGUGUCUGGUCGCUGGAGAGAGGACGGACGGACGCGCUCCGGGCGCGGUGGCAGGAGGACCAGAGCUGCGCUGCAGCCGCUGCUCCCUCUCCGGCAGCGCGGGCUGGGCCGGGCCGACGUGGGCUCCCCAUCGCAGGUCUCCCAGCUCCGGCUUCGGCGCUGGUUUACCAGCAGCGAGCGGUGCCGCAGCUCCUGCCAGCCAUGUCCAGGGGCAGAACACCCGCGUCCCCCCACUCGGCUCCCCAAGGUUCAGCAUUAGUGAAUUCUUCCAUACGCAAAGUCAGCCCGCCUAGAAACGAAACCCCGGGAGUCCUGCCAACGUUCAGCCAUUUCUAGCAAAGAAACCCCUAGUGCUACAGCGAAGGGUCACCGUUUCUGCCAGCCACCUUCAGCGCUUCCCACCCGCGUGCCUUCGGGACUGUCACUCCCUACGCGCCUUUCAGAGCUGACACCCACCAGCUCCACUGUACGUACAAUGGGCAUUUAUUGGGUUGGUGUUUUUUUUUUUUAAGAUGUUCUGGGGAACAGUUGGGCGAGUGAGAGAUAAUCCCAACACUUAUUUAAGAAGCAACAAUGACAUUUCUUAACUGAAUGUAAGACAAAUGCUGUGAAGAGUUACACGGGCCGGGGGCAGGCCCAGUAACGUACUUGGAUCAACUUGUAGAGUAGCGCGAGGACACUGGGGUAGGUUUCAGGAGUGAGGGACGAUGGUACUUCUAGACACUUCGAGAUCUGCAUCAACUGCUGGUGAUUUAUAGACAAUUGUUUAUUUUUCACACUCUGGUCACUGCGUUUUGUAUGUCAGUUCCCAGGAGCGCAGCGUACAGGCUCCCUGACUGUGGACUGAAGCCGUUUCUCUCUUGUACAGUGACCAUUGCCAAUAAAAACUUGUUUUAAUCUUU